AUGCGUUUCGCUACACUGUCCACUGCUCUCCUGGGUCUUGCCCAAUACGUGCACAGCUUACCAGUCGACGCUGAUGGAGCAUCUGUGCUUGAUGUUGCAUUGACUCACGUCAGUGACACUCGCAUCAAGGCUGUGGUGAAGAAUUCUGGCAAGGAGGAUGUUACUUUUGUUCAUCUGAACUUUUUCCGGGAUAGUGCACCUGUGAAGAAGGUUGACGUCUUUCAAAAUGACGCGGAGAUUACCUUUGAAGGAAUCAAGCGCCGUUUCAGACUUGAGGGUCUCACCUCAGAAGCUCUUACCUCGCUUGCGGUAGGAGAGACCUUUGAGGAUGAGUUUGACAUUGCGAAGACCAGUGACCUCUCGACUGGAGGUCCACUGACAUUGCGGUCGAGUGGACUUGUGCCAAUCGUCACCAAUGGCACAGUCACAGGAUAUGUGCCUUACCGCUCAAAUGAUCUCAAGAUCGAGGUGGAUGGUGUCAAGGCAUCUCGUGUUUUGAAAGCUAUCAAGCCUCUCGAUCGACGCACAAGCGAAAGCUGCAGCGACUCCAGCAGGAAGUCUGCACUGGACAAAGCUCUGAGCAACACCGUAUCAUUGGCAAAUGCUGCUGCCUCUGCUGCGCUCUCGGGGUCUGCUUCCAAGUUCAGCGAGUACUUCAAGACGACCUCCACCUCCACUCGCCAGGUCGUGGCCGCUCGGUUGAAGGCUGUUGCCAAGGAAGCUGCUUCCACUUCUUCGGGCUCGACUAGAUACUAUUGCACCGAUGUGUAUGGGUACUGUGAGAGUAACGUCCUCGCCUAUACACUCCCGUCUCUGAACGUCAUCGCCAACUGCGACAUCUAUUAUUCCUACCUGCCGGCUUUGUCAAGUAGCUGUCAUGCACAGGAUCAGGCCACCACAACCUUGCAUGAGUUCACCCAUGCCCCAGGUGUCUACAGCCCUGGAACUGAGGACAAUGGAUACGGAUAUUCUGCUGCCACUGCUCUCUCGAGCAGCCGCGCCGUUUUGAACGCAGACUCGUAUGCGUUGUACGCGAACGCAAUCUACCUUGGAUGCUAA